AUGCCAAAGAACGCGAACAUGUCGCGCCGAAUUUUCCAGAGUAUCGCCGCUGCCAUGCUUCUGAUAGGUCUGCUAGGUGCUACCUCCAGCUUCGCAGUCAGACAGCAACGAGGAAGGGGUCAAGACUUCCGAAGUCUUCAAACAAAAUCCACUUGGCGGAUGAAGGACGGACAGGAGGACAAGCGCAGUCUCCUUGCGAAGCUCCGCGAUCCCAACAGCAAGCCGAGAGAUCUUGCCACGACGGUCGCUGCUUUGCAGCAGCGUCGUCUACUGACAGAGGCCCGGGAGUACACGACAGCGAUCAAUGUACUUGGCAAGUUGGGUCUUUGGCGUGAGUGCUUGGGCUUGCUGGUGGACAUGCAAAGGAACGGGCUUACGCCCAAUGUGAUCACCUACAACGCAGUUCUGAAGUCCCUGGCGCGCAACCGCCGCUGGCAGGAGGCGAUUCAGCUGAUUGCAGAGAUCUGGGAAUCAGGGCUGUCACCCGAUGAUGUGAUAUCCUACACAACGGCCAUCUCUGCUUGCGCUGACAGCGGACACUGGAAAGAGGCUUUGCAGCUCUUGGCCGAGAUGGAGCGUGCUGGGAUCAAGGCCGAUGUCCGGAUCUUCAAUGCAGCCAUCAACGCUUGCGCUCAGGCCGGUGAGGCCGUGCGAGCACUGCUGCUCUUUCAAGGCAUGCCCGAGAGGGCGUUGGUGCCGGAUACGAUUACGUACAAUGCCCUCAUCAAUGCUUGUGCCCGAGGAGGAGCCUGGGAGGAUGCCCUGCAGUCUCUGACAAAGAUGAAGGAGCAGGGCUUGACUCCACAGACAAGAACCUACAAUUCAGCCAUCAAUGCGUGCGACAAAGCUUUCCGUGGCUACGAGACCUUGCUGCUGUUGGAUGACAUGCAUGACCAUGAGGCGAGGCCCAAUGCGGUGACUUAUAACACCGCGAUGAGUGCAUGCUUGAAGGGCGGAAUGCAGGAGGAGGCCGGGAAGCCAGUCUUCGGCUAG